AUUUAAUUAAGUGUUAAUUAAGCGCUCCCCAGAGUUAGCUUCCGGUUAGGGAGGGAGCGGAAGUGACGUCAAGGAAGGGGCGGGGCUUGAGGAGUUUCCCGCGCGCGUUGAGGCAGCUCCGGCAGGAGAUGGAGCCCCCGGCCCCGUCCCGGUUCCGCUCCCGCCUGGAAUUCUGCCCCGAGUGCGGCUCCGUCCUGCCCCGGCCCGGCCCCGCCAGCGCCCUGCCCUGCCCCCGCUGUGAUUUCCGCAUCCUGUGCUCAGAUCUCGAGGGUUCCUCGCUCCGGAGCUCCCGGAGCUUCUCCAGCCCCGGGGGGGGGAGGGGCGGCGGCGGCCCCGCCCCCCAGGAGGGACCCACGGUGGACAGAACGUGCCCCAAGUGCUCCCAUCAGGGAAUGUGGUUCCACACCCGGCAGAUGCGCUCGGCUGACGAAGGACAGACGGUUUUCUACACCUGCCCCCGCUGCAGGUUCCAGGAGAAGGAAGAUUCCUGAAAUUUCCAAUUUGGGGCAUUUUGGGGAUUUUUGUCAAUUUUGGGAUUUUUUUGAGGAUUUUUUUUUUAUUUUUGGCAUUUUGGGGGAUUUUUUGAGGGAUUUUUUUGGGAAUUAUUUUGAUUUUUCCCAUUUUUGGGACCGUUUUUGCACCAGAGCAGAA